AUGAUCAAAUGUUCUGGUAUAGUCUUCAUUGACUUGAGCAAUACACUACGUGGGUCUUCAAUGAUCAAACGCUCUGGUAGAGUCUUUAGUGACUUGAGCAACACACUCAGCUGUAAACGUGUGAAGACGAAGUUAUUUGGAGAUCGGUGUAGUGGAAUUGAAAGCGGGGACCGUUAUCAAAACCAUG